CAGUUACCCGCGAGACAUCAGAGAGGAGGUGUCACAACCGCGCUCUCUGACCUGACCAUCCCCGGUACUACUCCAGCUCCCCCUGCCCCCAGUGACCCCCCUUUGACCUCCCCCUGACACCCUUUGACCCCUGCCGGCUACUGGAGGGCUAAGAAACGUAUACAGAAGCCUCGUGAACCAGGUGGGAUGGCGGCGGCGGCGGGGACGGCGGGGACGGCGGGGACGGAAGGGGGUCGGGGGACGAGAAGGGGGGCGGGAGGAGCGUGGUCUUCCUCCCCUCUUCCUCACCUCCUCCUCUUCCUCCUCCUCCUCCUCUCUCACAGUGUUGGAAGUUGUAUGGGCGUAGCAACGGAGCAUUAUGGAGAGAUAGCAGACUUACUCCCAGCGCCUCAAAGCCACGAGCACAUGGAACCAGAAACCGACCCACCUUCCUUACCCUCCGUCUCCCUUCUCCUGCACCCUAAACCCCUUGUGGCUGUGGCGGACGAGGCCAGACCCAUGGACGAGGAGCCCCUAUUGGUCCUCCCCGCCGCCUCGAGAGCCGUCCAGUGGGUUAUCUCGCAGCGGAAGCCGGACUGGGGGUGGGGCAGCGACACGGCCCAUACUGUCCUGGCGCUGAGGCUCGCUAACGCUACCUGGUUCGCGCCCGACCAGCUGGAGAGCCAACUGGCGGUCAAACAGCUCGAAUUGGAACUUGUUUUGAGGCUGUGGAAGAAGGGGAAAGGGCACCAUGACCUCCCCGUGACCCAGGGGCAUUUGGCGGUCAACGUGAUGGCCCUCGUGGCCCUCUGUCGAGACCCAAGAGCCUUCUACUCCAAAGACCUCGUGUCCAUGUUGGGCCACCAGGAGGGACAGGUUGACUUCGAAGUGGCUUACGCCCAGUUGGCCACGUGCACCGCUGGCCACCAUGUACGGAAGGCCAGGGUUCGACGCCUCGUGGACAUGAUCACCGCUCACCAGAAGAUACACUCCCUUGACACGCUCUCGGUGGUGAUCAUGGCCCUCCGCUGCGUUCAACACCAGCGGCGCCACGACCUCCGCCGUUACCUGGACACAGCCCGCCGCGCGCUCCUGAGGCAACAGCGACACGAUGGCUCCUUCAGCGGGAACCUGCACACCACCGCGCUGGCCCUGCAGGCCAUGCUCGCUUCACAACUCGCCGGGUCCUGGAACGCCACCCGGGCCCAGCAGUUUGUCUUAUCCCACCAGCGCCCGGACGGUUCCUUCGGCUCACUCUUUGACACCAUCGCCGUGCUGCCCUUGCUCGGCGGCCGCACUCUCCUGGACGUGGCCCUCAGGAGGUGCCCCAGGGUGGAAGGGGACACCGUGGACCCCCAGGACGGACAGGUUGACGCGUAUGACAUGCCCGAAGACACGCCCCCUGUGCCCUCUGACCUCCCGCCGCAACCUGAGCUCACCAACACCACACAAGACCCGCAGAUCCAGGUGACGUACAUCAUCUGGAAGGGCAACAACGCCACCCUCAACUACAACCUCACCCUCACCGUGCCCGUCAACACAACCUUCCUGGAGGUCAUGAAACAGGCGGCGGAACUCGACCACAGAUUCGUGUUCUCGGCCUCCCACUGGGGUAACGGACUGUACAUUCACACGCUGGCCGGGGCGAAGGAGCAGAAACUUGGUUACUGGUACUGGCUACUCUAUCGCCUGCCGGAGCCUCCAGUGCCUGGGACCAAGCCGGACAACAAAUACGUGGUGGGGACAGGUGUUCAAGAGACCAUUAUCAAGGAUGGUGACUUAAUGUUGUUCUGGUAUCACCAAAUAUAAGUCACUACCACCAUCACCACCAUCACCACCACCACCACCACUACUACUACUACUACUACUACUACUACUACUACUGCUACUGCUACUGGUGUGGUGUUACUACUGCUUCAACUACUACUACCAACACCACCAGUAAGAUUUUCAACACCGCUGUCAACACCACCACCAACACCGCUUCCUCCUCCUCCUCCUCCUCUUCUUCCUCCUCCUCCUCCUUUUCUUUCUACUCCAUCUUUUCUUUGUAAUAUAUUUUGUUGUUUUUUUCUUCAUUGUUUUCCCCUUCCAUCCUCUUUUCAUUCCUUCCCUUCUUUUUCUCUUCCUCCUCCUCCUCCUCCUCCUCCUCCUUCUUUUGUUCUUCUUCUUCUUUCUCUUCUUCUCAGUCAUCCAUUCACCAUAUAUAAACACACACACACACACACACACACACACACACACACAGCUGCCUUACCAAUCUACACACACAAACACACACACACAAUAACUAUCUACUACUACUACUACUACUACUACUACUACUACUACUACUACGACUACGACUACAUAUACGCACAUAAUAGUAAUAAUAAUAAUAAUAAUAAUAAUAAUAAUAAUAAUAAUAAUAAUAAUGAUAAUAAUAAUAAUAAUAAUAAUAGUAAUAAUAAUAAUAAUAUAUAAAUAGUAAUUAUAUACAUAGUGAAUAUGCAUGUAACUAAAAUUAUAUAUAUAGAAAUGUAAUAAUCUACGUACAUACGAACACACACACACACACACACACACACACACACACACACACACACACACACACUCAAAGAAAAAUAUAUUGUAAUUCUUUCUCCUCUCUCCUCCUCCUCCUCCUCCUCCUCCUCCUCCUUCUCCUACUCCUCCUCCUCCUCCUCCUCCUUCUCCUCCUCCUUCUCCUCGUAAGCUGGGGUCAGUUUAAGCCUAAGUAAUAACAGUAGUAGUAGUAGUAGUAGUAGUAGUAGUGAGAGAGAGAGAGAGAGAGAGAGUAAACUAAAAGAAAGAAAUAUGGCUUGGAAAAACACUUAAUAAAUAAAUAAAGAAAGAAAGAAAAUGCAUAAUAAAAGAGAAUAUAAGUUAUUAAUAGGAACCAUCGCCCCAGUCCCUUCCCUUCCCUUCCCUUCCCUUCCCUUCCCUUCCCUUCCCUUCCCUUCUAUUCCCUUCCCUCCCUUCCCUUCCAUUCAAUUCCCUUCCCUUCCCUUCCCUUCCCUUCUAUUCCCUUCCCUUCCAUUCCAUUCUAUUCCCUUCCCUUCCCUUCCAUUCAAUUCCCUUCCCUUCCCUUACCUUACCCUCCCUUCCCUUCCCUUCCUUCCUCUUCCUUCCAUUCCAUUCCCUUCCCUUCCCUUUCCUUUCCUUCCCUUCCCUUCCAUUCCCUUCCCUUCCCUUCCCUUAUCUUACCUUACCCUCCCUUCCCUUCCCUUCCUUCCUCUUCCUUCCUCCUCUUCUCCUUUUCUUUCUUUUCUUUCCUCUCUUUUCCUUCCCUGUCCUUCCCACACAGAGGGUUCUAUGUAUAAAUAUGUAUUCUAAAUCUUUGAGCCCAAACUUACAUACAUACACGAUAUAUAUAUACUGUAAAAAAUAAAAUAUAUAAAUAUAUAUAGUGGUAGGAAUUUAGACUAUCGAAUAUAUAAUUUUUCUUUUCCUUUCCACUUUUCUUUUUGUAAUUUUUUCGUUCGCUUGUAAAUGUGAAUGCGCGCGUGUGUGUCUAUGCGUGUGUGUGUGUGUGUGUGUGUGUGUGUGUGUGUGUGUGUGUGUGUGUGUGUGUGUGUGUGUGUGCGUGUGUGUGUGUGCGUUUUAGCUCAUGCCAGAAUCACGAGUUUAGCGAAAUGUUAUGUCAUAUAUAUACAAAGCCACAAAUAGCACACGAGAUUCUACUCUAGCUCAUCCCUAUGCUGUCCCAAUUCCUUCUGCAAGAGUUCACAAGCAUUACUCUUUCAUCCCUAUGCUCUCUAGAUGCUGAUUAACUAUUGCACCUUCUCUUUCAUUCCUACGUAUGUUGUCUAAAUCCCAUAUGCAAGAGUUCACCAGCAUCUCCGCGCUUUCAUCCCUAUGCUGUCUAAAUCCCUUAUGCAAGAGUUCACCAGCAUCUUCGCGCUUUCAUCCCUAUGCUGUCUAAAUCCCUUAUGCAAGAGUUCACCAGCAUCUUCGCGCUUUCAUCCCUAUGCUGUCUAAAUCCCUUAUGCAAGAGUUCACCAGCAUCUUCGCGCUUUCAUCCCUGUGCCGUCUAAAUCCCUUAUGCAAGAGUUCACCAGCAUCUUCGCGCUUUCAUCCCUGUGCCGUCUAAAUCCCUUAUGCAAGAGUUCACCAGCAUUUUCGCGCUUUCAUCCCUGUGCCGUCUAAAUCACUAAUGCAAGAGUUCACCAGCAGCAUAAUUCUUUCAUCCCUUCCGCUGGCAACCUCUGGGGCAGCCUUCCUUCGUCUGUAUUUCCUCCUGCCUACGACUUGAACGCUUUCUCCGAUUAUAAUAGUUACUUACGAGGAAACUACAGGCGACAGCUGACCUACCCCUAAGCGUGAGUUCCUGGGUAUGAAGUGACCAUAUGUAUAAUACCUCUUCUUAUUCUCCUCAACGUUAGCUUAAGGGUGAUGGUGAUGCAGGGAUAAAUAUAUGAAGGGGAAACUGAUGUAUAUUCUAGGCUACCGCUAUUAUUAUCGUUAUUAUUAUUAUUAUUAUUACUGUGAACAUUUAUAUCUCAUUAUUCAUUUAACUCGAGAAGAAGAAUGUUAAUAUUACCGUUAUACAACCUUACGUAGAAUUAAGGCUUUAGCGAAUAACGAAAAACUGUGUAAAGAUCAAAUAUUUAGCGAAGAGAAUAACUUAAGAUGGAAAUACGUGGACUUAAGUUAUCCUCUGUGUAAUGUUAAGUGUGAAGAUCAAAUACUUACUUACGUACAGCGGCCAGUCACGCUGAGGCCACGACAAGGGCCAGGGCCAGCACACACACACACACACCAGGCCGCCCCACACAGCACGCGUGGGCCCGGCCUGACCACGACUUGUUGGGGCUUGCUUCGUGUGCAUUGUGCAGCAUGAAAAAAGGACCUGUGUCUGUGUAAUAGAUGUUGUCAACACUAGUGACGGCGAGACCUCUGGCCAUGCAGCGGCGGCCACACCCAGGCAGGCGGCACCGCACCAAAAAAAGGCUCCACACACAGACCGCCUCCAGCCCCGCCCUUGUCGUCGGCCGGGGUGUGUAGGCCGACUUUAAGAUCAAAUAUUUACUGAAGGGAAUAGUGACUUAAGAUCGAGAUAAACAUUUACUUAAGAGAAUGACUUAGGAUUGAGCUAUAUGGACUUGAGUUGUCCUCUGUUUACUAUUAAGCGUAAGAAUCAAACAUUAACUUAAGGCCAGAGGGACUUAAGGUCGAUAUUGACUUAAGUUCUCCUUGCGUAAACUUAAGGAAAAGGAAAAAAAUAUUACAGCUUUAUUUUGUCUCGUAUAAAAAUAAAAUAAAAAUAAAUAUUGUUUAGAUUAUAA